UAACAAACAUACUAUAAGCAAAAUGAGCGAUUCUGAAUUUGUAUUUAUUGAUUUCAAAGAAUGCAAUACUUUCAAAAAAAAUAGUAAAGACUUUUUGAUUGUAGAUGAGAAUGCUUUUGCAAGUGCUCUUAAAAAU